AUGGACACUGCCUUCGCCCUUGCAAAGGAGGCGCUUGCCGCAUGCGAGGUCCCUAUCGGCUGCUCCUUCGUUUACAAUGGGAAGGUUGUUGCAUCUGGACGAAAUCAUGUAUGGUAUCUUUCAGAAAUUCCGAACCUCUAGGUGAACGAGUACAGGAAUGCCAGUCUGCAUGCCGAAAUAUUAGCCAUAAUGGAAUUCGAACAGUGGUGUGCCAAUCAGAAUUUGGACUUUGCAGAAGUUCUCUCUCAGUCCGUUCUCUAUGUUACGGCGGAACCUUGCAUCAUGUGUGCCGCCGCUCUUCGCUUCUCACUGCCUAGCCAGCCGUUGAAGUAGACACUUUGAAACAUUUUUCGCUAAUGUCUUACUUAGGAUAGUGUACAGUGCCAAGAAUGAACGUUUUGGUGGAUGUGGCUCCGUGCUGAAUAUUCACACCGACCCCUCGCCCUGCAUACCCUUGGUUUGCGAAGUAGACAAUCGUGCUGACGAAUCUGUUGAUCUACUGAAGCAGUUUUACAAGCUGGAAAAUGCCAACGCUCCCGAGAACAAACGAAUAAAGAAGCGCCAGUAA